AGCGGGGCCGAAUGCAGCGGGCGGCAGCGCGGGCGCUCCGCGGGGCGCGCACCCCCCAAGCGCGCACCCCCCAAGUGGGAACACCUCAAGUGUGGACCCCCCAAGCGCGGAUCCCCCCGGGUCCGAGCCCCCCGGUGCGGCUGCGAUCCGCCGCGGCGGGGUCCCCUCCGCUCGGGCUGCUGUAUGAGCGGCACGGGGAGCCCGCAGCCGUCGUGCAACUGAAGGAUCUGGAAGAGCCCAAGCUGGGGGACGGCGAUGUCAACGUCAAGAUGUUGGCAGCCCCCAUCAAUCCCGCUGACAUCAACAUGAUCCAAGGGACCUAUCCCCUCCUGUCGUCGCUGCCGGCCGUGGGAGGGAACGAAGGUGUCGGGGAGGUGCUGGAGGUCGGGCGCCGUGUGACGGCUCUGAAACCGGGGGACUGGGUCAUCCCUGCGGACACCGGACUCGGGACGUGGAGGACACGGGGGGUGUUCCCCGAGGAGAUGCUGCUGAAGGUGCCCAGUGACAUCCCGGUGCUCUGUGCUGCCACUCUGAGCGUCAACCCCUGCACGGCGUUCCGUCUGCUGGCCGACUUCGAGAGCCUGGCGCCCGGUGACUCCAUCAUCCAGAAUGCUGCCAACAGCGGCGUGGGCCAGGCCGUCAUCCAGAUCGCCAGGGCGUCCGGCAUCAAGACCAUCAACGUGGUGAGGGACAGACCUGAUCUCCCAAAGCUGCUGGAGAGGCUGAUGGCCCUGGGCGCUGAUCACAUCAUCACGGAGGAGAUGCUGAGGAAGCCAGAGAUGAAAGAUAUAUUUAAGAGCAUCCCGAGGCCCCGGCUCGCCCUCAACUGCGUCGGAGGCAAAAGCACCACGGAGAUGCUGCGGCACCUGCAGCCCAAGGGGACCAUGGUCACCUAUGGGGGGAUGGCAAAGCAGCCUGUGAUGGUCCCUGUGAGCGCCUUCAUCUUCCGGGACGUGCGGCUCCGCGGGUUCUGGAUGACACAGUGGCGGAAGGACCACGCGCAGGACCAGGAGAGCGUGGCUGCGAUGAUGGACGCCCUGUGCCAGCUCAUCCGCAGGGGCCAGCUCACAGCGCCAGCCUGCACCGAGGUCCCACUUCAGGACUACAGGGCAGCGCUGGAGGCCUCCAUGAAGCCCUUUGUGUCCUCCAAGCAGAUCCUCCUCCUCUGACCUGCAGCUCCUGGAGCCCUGUCCUGUUCCACAUGCUUGUCCACAGACUUGAGGGGGAAAAAGACCCUCGAGAUGAAUUGAA